UGUAAAGUACUUAAACAAUAUUAAAUUGAAAAGUCUGAGGGAAGGAAAUGUGAUAAAUGGCACACUACUGUGUUUGUUUCGCGUUUGCUGAUUGGUCCAUUCCGUUCCAGCGCUUCACCAUCUACAGUCAGAGCAGAUCCAGAGAAGCGAGCACAGGCUGACAGAGAGAUUACAUCUUUAGUGACAGACUUCAUAUUAUAGUUUUACAACAAACCUCAAACUAUACAAACCUGUCAUCUCAAGUCGCUAUGGAUUGUCGAAACGAAGGAUGCACUCAGCCACAAGAUGAGGACAUCAUGGACAUCCCCCUUGAUGACCCGGCCGCAAACAAGGCUGCUGCUAAAAUUCAAGCUGGGUUUCGAGGUCACAUGACCAGGAAGAAAAUGAAGGAUGACAAGCCUAGGGAAGAGAAACAACGAGAGCAGAAGUAGCUAAGAGGAGCACAUCGCCACCGCCCUGACAGCCCAUCACUGCAAUAACCAGAGCUCUUUUGUUCAAAAAGAACCCUUCAAUGUGUAAAACAUCAACAGCCAAACUCCAUGCACAUGACUAGCAAACUCUUUUACACUUCUCUAUUCUUUUUUAUCAUUUGACUGGCUGUUUCUUACCUGAAAUAGUCCCACAGCAUGACAUUUUCAAUUAAAUUUAUAUUAAAGCGAUACUCCAGCCAAAUAUCAAAAUUACCCCAUGAUUUACUCACCCUGAAGCAAUGAUGUCCAUUAUCUAUCAGACGAACACAUUUGGAGUUAUUUUAGUAAAUCUUCUUGCUCUUCCAAGCUUAUAAUGGCAUAAAAAAUGGACUUAUAACUUUAAACGCCCAAAAAGUGCAUUCAUCCAUCACAGAAGUAAUUCACAAGGCUCCAAUGGGUUAAUAAAGGCCUUAUGUAAGUAAUCAAUGCGAUUUUGUAAGAAAAAUAUCCAUAUUUUAAACUUAUAAACUAUAAUACCUAGCUUCUGGUAACAGUGGCAUCUUGGACUCACACAAUUCAUGAGAACGUUUUUGCGUAGUGAGCGUUGGUUGCCAUGGGUACGUUGCAUAGUGACUCUCAGGAAUUGCAUAAGUCCAAGAUGGCGUCUUUACCGAAAGAUAGGUAUUAUCAUUUAUAAGGUUUAAAAUAUGGAUAUUUUCCUACAAAAUCACAUUGAUUACAUGCAAAAUACCUUUAUUUUUGGCGCAGUGCACUGUAAAAAGUUCUUUGCAGCCUUACAUUUUUUUUGUUGAAUCAACUCGGAUUUACAAGUCAUUUCAACUUACUAUUAUUUAUCUUGACUAGAGAUGAGUUGUAAUAAGUACAGAUGAGUUGUUGUAACUUAUAAAACAUAGUUGGAAAAAAGUCAACUUCAUUUUAGAAGUUGUAGCAACUCAUCAACUUCUUCUUCUUCUACUUGUAAAUCUGAGUUUAUUCAACAAAAACAUUUAAGGCAGCAAAGAUUUUUUACAAUGUGUGGAUUACUUCUGUGAAGGAUGAAUGCAAUUUUUGGGGCUUCAAAGUCUUAAGUUGUUCCCUGAUCCCUCUUUUCUACCAUUAUAAGUUUGGAAGACCAAGGACAUUUACCAAAAAAAAACUUCAAAUGUGUUCGUCUGAAAGAUGAAACAACUUUGUUUAGCAAGUCAAUUCAACCUACUAUUUUAAGUUUUGGCUUGUAAACUUAUAAAAUCAAGUUGAAAUUAAUUUUCAAGUUAAAGUAACAUAAAAAUAUAUGUUGAUUUGACAAAAAUGCUGUGUAUUUUUUACAGUGUAUCUCAAAUUGCUUGAUGGUGAGUAAAUCAUGGGGUGAUUUUGAUAUUUGGCUGGAGUAUCGCUUUAACCUAGACAUUUGUUUGUGAUUUGUCAGCUUUCAAGUGUUGUGCUUGUUUCCUUAAACAGGGCAAGCCAAAUACUCUGUCAGAAGGUUUGUUUCUUCGUUUUGUGCUUUUUGGCUGUACUGAAUCUUACAAUAUACAAGUAUGCAUUUACUAAAGGUCAGUGUUUUUUCUAGCAUAAAUUUUGUUUAUGCCUGUUUAAUAAAGCAAAUUAAGUUCAAAAUAA